AUGCACGAAAAACCUGUUCGACAUGUUCUCGUGGCCACACUGACAGUUCCGGUCUACACUGAUGGACGUCCAAAGCUGUUGGUUGACCCAAACGGUGAUGCUCAAGAUCAUAAGCUACCGGAAGAUGAUGAGGGUGAUCAUGGUCAUGGGGAGGCGGCUUUGCUUAAAGCACCAUCAAGUAGCGCCGCUGAUGCUCAUGAUGCGCGCUGUGCGUCGCCGGGCUCCGCCGCUGAUGCUCAUGAUGCGCGUCUCCGCGGCUUCCCGGUUGGGGGUACUCCGAACCGGGACUUGGAACAUGAGUUGGAUCCGGAUUUGUUUGCUGAUGAGAAAGCCUUUAAAGCAGACGGUGUGGAUGAGUUUGAAGACACAGAAGGUGGAGAAGAUCCAGUUGGAGCGGGGGAGCAUGACAGUGCAGAGCCUGAAGGGGAAAAGGGUCCUAGCGACAAGUUCUGCAAAGAUAUGCGUGCUAAGUUAACCGAGCCGGUUCGUGUGCACAGCAUUCUGUUUGCAGAACCUCUUACUUCCAAACGGGGGUCUGUGGUGCUUCAAGCUGUGCAACGCAUUUAUGCUCGCAUUCGCUUGUUGAACCUCUCAGUUCGACGUAUCCAUUCUGAUCAGGGUAGAGAGUUCACCAAUCGCAACUUCGUUGCGUGGGCAACUUCGCGAGACAUUGCUCUUACGCACUCAUCCCCCAGUGACCCUAAGGCGAACGGGCGAGUGGAGGCACACAUCAACUUGGUGAAGGGAGGGGUACGCACGGUUCUGUCUACGGCGCCAGAUCUCCCGGUCAGUUGUUGGCCUCAUGCGCUGCGUCAGUGGGUUGCUCAGCGGUUUGAGAGGAGUAUGUCGUUGUUGGGAGGCCAGCUGCGAUCUAGACCACUGGUGCCGUAUGGCACUCGGGUGGUGGUGCGCAAAAGAGAAUGGAGUCGCAAGUCUCCUUUUGACGUGAAAACCUUGCACGGCACCGCAGUGUGUCCAAGUGAGCGUGUCCAUAAUGCCACGGUAGUGCGCUUGGUGGAUACCCAAGAUGAUGGAACUGAGCUUGUUCGGUUGUACACCGCUCCGGUGGCGGUGCAACGUGUGUUGCAGCCUGUGCAGUUUGAGGGCAGGGAGCUUCCUGAAGAAGCAGACGACCCUCCGCCUCCUCUGCCACCGCCUUCCCAUCCUCCUCGUACGGGCGGCCGUCGGCUGAGGGCUAAAUCAGCACCCGUUGCGAGAUCGGAUGAUGGUGUGGAGGGACUUGUUGAGGAUGCUGCUGGCCGCGAUGCGGCCAGGGGGGAGUCAGAUCUUCUUUUUGAUGAGCCAGUGCCCGGAGCAGGCAGUGAUGAAGGGGGUCUUGGUCUGGGGGAGGCCUUCGCAAGGGGCCUUUGCGCUUGUAGGGACAAAGAAAAAGAAGAAAGAAGUGAGAGCGAGAGUUUAAGUGAGAGUGAGGGCCUUCUAGACGUCGAAGCCAGAGCUCAACAGUUGCUCAAAGGAACCUGGAUCCCAAAAGGCGAACUGAACACACUGCUUACUGAGGCCUUGCAGGGCAAAGUGUUGUCUUCCAAAGGUAGAAAGGUAGAUCGCUGCAGCCGUGCGCAGGGAGCCAGAGGGCUGACUCUUGGCCUUUUUGUGUAUGGAAAUGCUGUAGGAAUCACGAAGCAGACUACGCAACACAAGUAUCUCACCGCAGCAGUAAACAAGUACCUGCAGCAGAUCGUGCCGGAUGCCACGUGGGCAGCGUUGAGAGUUUUAGAGACAAAGGGAGGUGAGAAUGAUGAGGGAGGCGUGUUGGACACUCACGGCAAAGAGCCAGCAAACGAGCUGGGAGAGUUGCCGCUGACAGGUGAGGUCUGGCAGGAUGUUGAUAGCUGGCGCGUUCCUCUGACGGAAGAAGUCAAUGCCCUCAAGGCGAUUAUUGUCACGCCGCCCAGAAUUCUCGUCACUUUGAAUAUCGUAGAGCCUGGAGAAAAGUGGCUGGUUCUCAAAGCCCUUUAUGGGCUAGCAGAGGCACCGGCUGCAUGGGCUACUGAGCGCGAUCUGCAGCUAUCUCACAUGAAGUGGACAGACGAGCACGGGUCUACGUUUUGUCUGCAGCAAUGUCAUACGGACGAAAACCUCUGGAAGAUUCUUCGUUGGGAUUCUGAGGGAAAACGCCACAUGGAAGGUCUUAUCGGUAUCUACGUAGACGAUAUUCUGUUUACGGGUGAGACGGAAGCUGUGGAUGGCUUCGUGAAAGCUGUCCAGGGCAUAUGGACCACCUCCGAGCCGGAGCUCGUGCAGCCAGGGGCGUCUGUUCGCUUUUGCGGUUUCAACCUGCAUGCUUUAGAGUCGGGAGGCUUUCUUCUCAACCAAGAGGACUACAUCAGAGACCUUCUGUUGCGCUAUCCUCAUGUUGUAGGUACUUCUGAAGUGCCUUAUCUCAAAGAUGAGGAGCCUUCGGAAGAAAGCCCUAACCUGCAGACGCUUAGGCAAGCGCAGGCUUAUGGCGGCGCGUUCCAAUGGCUCUCAUGCCGGUCGCGACCCGAUAUAGCCUACGCGACAAACCGUAUUGCCCAUUUGAUGAGCAAGUUUCCCGCUUACGCAGUGGCUUGCAGCGAGACGCUUUUGAAGUAUCUUCGACGAACCAUUGACCUUGGCUUGCGUUUUGAUCCGGUUGACGGUGAGGCCAUGUUUGGUGAAAGCGAUCAACUAGGAGCUCCUCGGCAGCUUGCUCUUUUGGAAAUCUUUGCGGAUGCGAGUUUCGCGCCGGCAAAUCAGAAGAGCCAAACAGGAGUUGUUGCUACUUUCGGUGGAGCGGCCGUCGUUUGGUUGAGCACUCGCCAGUCGGUUGUAAGCUUGUCCACAGCAGAAAGUGAGUUGCAUUCCACAAUUGAUGGCAUCACCUUGCUUCAUGUUUUGGGUCCUAUCAUUGCGGAGUUGCUUGAGGUGCCAGUCAGAAAGCUUGUUUACAACGACAACGUCAGCUGUGUAACCUUGUUUUCGGCUCCGAGUGGAGCUUGGCGUACCAGACAUCUGCGUCUGAAGGCCAAGGCCUUUAGAGAGCAGCUGGAGGAUGAACAGUAUGAGCUGCGUCAUUUGGUGGGUCGUUGGAUGUUAGGCGACUUGUGUACCAAGCCUUUGCAGGGACAACGUCUUCGUGAGCUGUGCCAGUUGUUGGGCAUGACCAGCGUUGCCGCGGUCUACUGCGAUGACGUGUUGGACACUGGUGUGAGAACGGAGCGGGAGGCGGACACUGGUGCGAGAACGGAGCCUGUGGAACAGGUGCGUUGGAGCCUCUACCGUAUCCAGGAGCCAGUCAUUCCACAAGCUGGACACAGCCUGUUGUGA